GGGAAGGGUGGGGCCGCGGUCCGGGCCUGGACGCGGUGGGUGGGGAAGACAAUCUCUUCCUCUUCUGACAGUCUCUUCUCCGGCCUCUGCAAGAACUGCGCCCAACUGAGACCACAUCCUGGGGUGACUUGGAUUCCUCCGGAGGAUGCCAGCAGCCCGCACACAGCCAGCCAUGCACUGCCCAGCCACGCUUCUGCUUCUCCUCCUGGCUGGUGGGGCUGAGGCCUUCCGCAUCUGCGCCUUCAAUGCCCAGCGGCUGACGCUUGCCAAGGUGGCCAGGGAGCAUGUGUUGGACACCUUAGUUCGGAUCCUGGCUCGCUGUGACAUCAUGGUGCUACAGGAGGUGGUAGACUCUUCUGACAGUGCCAUCUCCCUCCUGGUUCGAGAACUCAACCGAUUUGAUGGCUCUGGGCCCUACCGCUCCCUGAGCAGCCCUCUGCUGGGGCGUAGCACAUACAUGGAGAAGUACGUGUACAUCUACCGGUCACAGAAGACGCAGGUCCUGGAUUUCUACGUGUUCCAAGACAAGGAUGACCUCUUUGCCCGGGAGCCCUUUGUGGCCCAGUUCACUUUGCCCAGCAAGGUCCUUCCCAGACUGGUGUUGGUCCCUCUGCACACCACUCCGAAGGCUGUGGAGAAGGAGCUGAACGCCCUGUAUGACGUGUUUCUGAAUGUCUCCCAGCACUGGCAGAGCAAGGACGUGAUCCUGCUUGGGGACUUCAAUGCUGACUGCACUUCGCUGACCAAAAAGCGCCUGGGUGAGCUGCAGCUGAGGACUCAGGCAGGCUUCCACUGGGUGAUUGCCGAUGGGGAGGACACCACGGUGAGGGCCAGCACCCACUGUGCCUAUGAUCGAAUAGUGCUGCACGGGGAACGCUGUCAGAGCUUGCUGCACACUGCAGCCCCCUUCAACUUCCCCAGGAUCUACGGGCUCACAGAGGAGGAGGCCCUCAACAUCAGUGACCACUACCCUGUGGAGGUGGAGCUGAGCCGGGCAGCACACAAGAUCCAACCUCUCAGCCUGGCCGCCCUGUUGCUGCCGUCGCUGCUGCUGCCACUCCUGCCUCCCGAGCUGGGCCUGGUGGCCUGAACCCCACCUCCAGUCCCCAACCCUGUGCCUGGUGCCCACAGGUGUGACGACUACCCUGCCUUCAGGACUCCAACCCUGGCCUCCCCUGCCCAUACUGCCCUGGGUGCAGAAGCAAAGCCUGAGGGGCUUCAAAUUCCGUCCGUCCCCCACCUCCAGCCCCAUCCUGCCCUGCCCAGCCCAGCCCUGCCCCUAUUGGACUGCAGCCCUCGGCCUUUGCUUUGGCUUGUGUUCUUUGCUUGGGCCUGUGCCCGGCAUUAGAAUGCGGAAGAGGAAGGCAAGGGCCCUAAGGCUGGAGCCAUGGCACUCUUCUCCCAGGUAGUUAGGACAGGGCAGGCUCCAGGGCUGGGAGAGGGGAAGGGGUCUCUGGAGGUGGUGAUGGUGGCUAAACUGCAGGGCUCAGAAAAGUGAAUUACAGUAGAAAAGAUUUCAAGAGAAGGAAACUUCUCGGCCUACAGGCUAAGAACGAAAAUCUCAAUUGGAGGGACAUUACAUGUACACAGGAUUCUUAUGAAUCAAUGUGAAAAGCCCAGUAGGUAACAAGAAUGAAGUUACACACACACUACUGAACAAUCAAACACAUUUUAGCUCAUUUGUAUCUCAAUGAAUGAAAAUAGCUACACACAACCCUGGUGCCUGCGGUCAUAACCACAGUGCUUUCCAUUAGUCCACACAGGCAUUCACGUGGCACACCCCCAAGAAGGCUUGGUUACCAAGGCUACAGGUGCCCAGAAAACACAUGAAGCAGCCACCAUGUAACCAGAACAGUGGUGACGGCGCAGAGCGAGGGGGUAGAGGACAGACAUUAACCAUGACCCUGUUGAAGGUGUUGUCACGGGACCCUUCCUUCCCCAGCUCCAUUUUCCAGAGAACAGAGCUCAGUAACCACAGCGGGAUAUCAAUCAGGUUCAAGUGCAGUUAGUCUUAUUUAUGGUUUAGAACCAUCUCCCUGAAAUCACAAAUAAAGUAAUUUUAAACUUUACAAAUGGCUAAUUACAAAGCCAGAGGUGUCUUGCGCGCAGUGGGGACUCCAGGCUGUGCUGCGUGCAGUCCAGGCUGACGAUCCUGCAGGCUCUUCUCCCAGGUGCAGAGCCUCAAGCCAUCCCACCUAAAGGCACUCAGGGCCUACUCUUCCUGCUUCCCCAGACAUCCCUGUGACCUAACACUGCUCUUGCGGGGGGCAGCCCCAGGCACACAAUUGGGGUGACCGUCAACACAGCAAAAUACUCAGACCGAGGGCUACAAACCGUUUGCUCUAAUGUCUCAAAGCUCCAUGGGACAGUUUGGAAGGGUUAAGUGGAUGACCCCGUCUCCUGAAGGGCUGGGUAAAACGUAGCUGUAACCAUGGCCAGGGGGACUCAUCUCUCCCCAUUGGUAGCGAUGCUGCUGCUGUAGGACCCAUGGGGAAAGCUUCCACAGCAGCCCAAGGGUAGCCUUAGGACAAAUCCCUUUUCGUCACUCAGGGCAGGGUACUGUAUAAAGGCAGCACUCUAGUUAUAGACUGACCAUGACCUUGACUUUUGAACCUACAGCCUCUGAUCCAGACAGGCCCACGUCAGCAUCCUAACUAGGCAACCAGGAGGCCGUUAUGGGUUUGCUUGCUCACUGGCCCUAAGUUGUCGGCCUUUUUUGUAAAAGGACAGUGACUCUGGGGUUCCUAGAGCACCCCCCACAAAU